ACAAAAUCAAAUAUAUUUCACAUAUUUUCCAUCUUUGCGCUGGUUGAGAUUCACAGCAUAACGUAACUUCACGAAGCAAACGUUUGUCUGCUAUCACAGCUAUCUCGGAUUAAUAAAAUUUGUAUGAACAUCUGCGUAUUAUCUGAUUUAUAUGAUUUUUAUUUACAUUCAGUAGUUGUUAUCAUUCCUCAACUGUGUUUUGCUACCGAAUAGCGAUAUAAAAAGCUGUCUGAACAAUUAAAACAAAUUUAGUCAUAACUGAGCAAGAAAAACACACGGUAUUCUAAUUAAAAUGAAGUCCCACACACAGAUAUGCAUUUCGUUGCUUCUCUUAACCACAAUCAGUUUACUGGUGCAACAGACAAUAGCGGCGUGCGGUGUCUGUGGCAGCAAUGGCAUUGCCUGCAUCAGUGAGACGCAAUUCAAUAUUUGUUUUAACAAUCAACCCGACAACAGCACUGUCCAAGAAUGUCCCAACGGUGGCACCUGUACUAGUCUGCUGAUAAAAUGUUCGAACGCAGCUAAUGCUCCAGCUGAUUGCACUGCCGCAACUUGUGGCUGUACCGUGGACAGUCCUAUGUUUGUUUGCACCAGUCGCACCACCUUUGCUCAAUGCAAUGGCGCGGAGGUCGUCACAACGGGCACGUGUCCGACCGGUUUAACAUGUGCGGCACAGAGAGGCGGGGAUAUUUGUGUCGAUGCAUGUUAUUUGGAUGGUGAAAUAGAGUGCGAUCUCGAUGCUCCUGCGAGUUAAAUACAUCGUUCUUCGAAUAGAGAAUUGCUUGUACUUCUCUAGGCUAAAAUUGUUUGUUGUAUAAAUAAAGAUAAAAGUCAAAUAUAUGAUAUAUUUAGUUAAAUCAA